AUAUAAUAAUAAUUAUUAUCAUACAAAGAUCAUUAGGAUCAUUGCACCCUACUUCUACAUAUUAUCAUUGGGCAUACCCCAAAUUGUGAUUCCAAAUUAGAACUUUUCGGCAAAAAAUCUGUUUGCAAAUCGUGAUUUGAAAAGGGUUCAAGCCCCCGAUUUGGAAAUUGUGACCCCAAUCCACGGCCAUCUUAAAUCAUGGGGAGCCAAACACCACCUAGCUCGUUACGCUCCCGGAUCAUGGCAGGGUAUCACGGGUCCUCUGUUUCCACUUAUACCACGAUGUACCGUAUGCGCUGUACUUCCUGCUGCGAUUACUUUGGGAAUGUGAACCUCUUUCUCUCAAUGACUUGGUUCGGUGAUCCCAGACGAUAAGUUGUCUGCACGCAUGUCUUGGAUAGUUAAAUUAAGUUCGCUCAUUAUCAUAUAGCCCUGGCCAGUCCGGCCGUACCCAAGCCGAGAUGUCCGGCCACUGGGGAUCACUCCUUCUGCUUGUUAUUCCUCCCGAGAAUGAGCCUAGGGCCUAGAUCGCGGGGGUAAGUUAUGGGUCAAGGAUCCCAACGGCGCUCCCAACAAUCUCAGAACGUUCGGUUUGAAGGAUGAUCUGACUGAUGCAUAACACCUAAUCCUAACUGGUUCUUUAUCAACGAGUAGGAGCUGACAGGCAACUCAUCAGGGUGGGUAUCAACGGAGAAUCCUCCCUUGACUCGGAGGGCUUGUCCGCCGAACGGCGGUCAUUGUUUAUCAAGCGGGGCUUUCGUUUGCAUUAUGCCCGCUAGCCUAUGGCACCGCUCUCAGCUCCCGUAGCCCUAGAUGACCAAGCAGUGGAGUGCCAGCCAACCUACGCACAUUCUGUGCUAGUGCCGGCAGUUGGGCCUUUGCGCAACUAUCGGAGGGCUGGGCAAAGGGUCGGGGCCCGACCUUUCUGAUCGCUCAUUCACCUGGGCUUUUAAGCUUAAUUCUGCCCCAGUUUCCCCCCGGAAUGCACCAUCCGAGCUCAAGUGCGCAAAUGCUCCAGCUGCCAGUAUCGGUGCUUUUUCAGGAAAAGUUCGGGGAUCCACACACUUGUGCAUGGGCUCGUGCAACAUGAACAAAUCUUGCAGAGACGACUCACCACUCUCUGUCUGCUGUGGCAGACUCGAGGCUCGGCGUUGAACCGAGAACUCAGGAUUAUGUAAUCGCCUGAGCCGCGUUGCUAUCGAUCGAUUGCGCAAUCCGAUGUGGAGAAUGACGACUUCAACAUCUUCCGGGCAGGACUCUCGGCAGCUCCCCCUCCAGCCAGUGUUUUUCGUGAAUACCUAGCAGGGCUUCAUACUAAACUUUAUAGUAUGGGCCCAGCCCGAUGUUACUUUAAUGUUGCCAAUGUAUUGAACAACGAAAAAAAACAAAAAACAAGAUAAGCCAAAAUUUACUCGAGACAUCGCUCCAAAAAGACCCCGUUCGUCCUUCGUGAAUCAUUGCUCGAUAUUCAAGGAAAUAUCAUUAGACAAUAUUAGGAAAAAAGACAGAAUGUCAUAAAAAGCCCAGAUCGAUCACGUAAUGUCCAGUCCAGAUCAAAAAAGCAAAUUCGUCAUUACAAAGAAAAUGAACCGCUCAAAGGUCUAGAGCAGCCUGGGCAUGUCUCCAACUAGGACUCGCCAUUCUUAACCUUUGUGCCAACUCCACCCUUCGAGGGCUCCCGCGAAGUGUCAGAAUCGUUUGGUGCUGUUGCGGCAGUGUUCUUCUCCACGAUAAGGUUCUUCAACCACUUGUUCUCCAUCUCCAGUUGCGCGAUCUUGGACUCGAGCUGGGUAACCCGAUCCGUCAUUUCCUUCGCCGUCCUCUCAAGCGCUUGCUCUCGCUGCUUCUUCUUAACCCGGAAUCGAGCGGAAGCUGCAGUGUUCCGCCGGCGUUUGUCCUCCUCUGCUGCCACGCGGGAAAGGUCAUCGAGGCCGUCCGUCGAGGGGGGUGUAGCCGCUAUAGAGGUCUUCCGCUUGCCGGCUUGCGGGGAGAGAGGGGAAGGGGAAGAGGCGUCUGAAGAGGAGGAAGGGGGAUGAAUGGUGCGAUGUGUGGCAGUCGGUGGCAUGGGAUUCGAGGCUUGGAGUGAAGGGGUAGCGGUAGUUUGAGUGGAUGGUUGACUCUCGGAUGUGUGGAGGGUAGGAAAGGGCAUGUAGUCGAAAUCAUCAUCUAUCGGGCAGGGCGUUAGCUUCGAGGUGAUAUUCCUCCCCUCCACCUCUUUCGUUCCCUAAUAAUUCUGUGGUUACCCAGGCCAACUUCCGGCUUGCCUAUCGAACCCGGCCCCCAAAGAGAACCGAUGCCCGCAAACCUCCCUUGUCAAAUGAUAAUAUUCGACGAGCAAGUGUUGUGAUAUGUGCGUCUCCCAUCCCCGCUUCCACAGGGGUUGCCCCACCGGAUCGGGGCUCUUCACUAAUCCCUCCUCCCAUAAUCCAGAGCACGGGGAAUAAAAAAAUAAAAAUAAAAACACACCGUUUAGAAAUCCCAAAUGUCCGUCCUUCAACUGCGCCUCCUCGGGAACUGUGAAUCGCUCACUUCCUUCCUGUUCCCCAUCACCCUCGCCAAUAUCAAACUCGAAAAAUUCCGUGUUUGUAUAGAGCGACAAAUCACCCGGGUCAAAUUCGGCAUCCGCAUUACCUCCCUCCUCCGGUAACAUAUUUAGGUCGCGAAGGUACGAGGGCCCUCCUCCGUAUCCGGACAUAACGUCGUACUAUAGCCUUGUAGUUUUUCGCCUAGAUAAAUGGGUGUGGGGGAAUGAAGGGUAGUAAAAGGUAGGAACCACAAAUAACAGAGAAAAGUACGCCCUUUACAUGCCAAGUAAGCCAGCAGGAUGACAAAACCCGAACUGUGAUGUCGGGGGCGCUCACUUUUGAUUUUUUAUCAAUGGGGAGGGUACUUCCGGUCGAAUCGGGAGUUGCGAGAUGUGGGGUUUGUAUCGCAUCAUUCGAGCUUUCACGUUCUAGGCGGGCUAAGGAUCGAAACGGCUGACCGAGUGAUCUGUUUAUGCAGGUGCUAAUAUGCGGGUGAUAUCUUGUGAUCGACGAAUAUACUGGGGGACACUGCCUCGUUCUUUAUUGAAUAUUUUUCCACUUUUGCAUCUAGGCCCACCGCGGUGAGCUGUUUAGGGUAAUUCUUACUGCGCGGCGGGGAAGGGUGGGGGCGGACGACUGAGCGAUGAGCUGCUGUUCGGAGGGCUCAAGCGGUCGGCGUUGACCGCGGGUCGUAGUAUCUAGCUCUAGCUACCCGACUCCGAGCCCGAGCAUGCCAUCGUAUCAUACUAUAGUCACAUUUACUUCGAAACUUUCCGGACAACUCCUUUCCAACCCUAUCCGGCGCUUAUGUUCAGCACGUGAUCCCGCGAGCUAGGUCCAUAGGGCUGUGGUAAGGAUUUAAAUUUGCCCUACAUGCCACUCAUGCUUGCAUCUACCCCCAACCAUCUCUAUGGUGCCUUCCAAUGACUUCCGCUCCUUCUCCCUCUUCUUCUAGAACGAUUGAUCAUUGUAUCCCAAGCUGCAAUUACACAGGGAUAGGCGUGAUAUUAGAUCUCGCUUGCUCGCUACGAAUAUCUCUUGGGGGGCUGGUGCCGUUGGAUGAGGCGGUAGUUAUUAGGGGUGCUGGGCUCUGCGUAUGCCACCUGUUUACCCGCCCGGUGCGAUUCUGAGAAUGGGCAGUUGAAGAUCCGGCUCCGGUGGGACGAUGUGAGAGUUGACGAAGCGAUGAUAGAGGUUUUUGGGAGAUGGGUUGCUAGGGCUGAGGUUUGUUUGUCUGGUUUUGCCCACUAUUUUGUGCUUUGAAGAAGGGUGAAUACUAACGAAACAUAGAUGUGGGAGCAGCUCCUGUUCAAAACUUCCUUACAGAUAUUUGAUAAUUCAGAGUGGGACAUCAUCCGUGACCUGAAUACCCCCCCUCUCUUUGCCGUAUCGAAGCUGAUUAUUGGAUCAGUUGAUCUUUCGCGGCUGGCUACUCCUACGUCUGAGGGGGAUACUGAACAAUUAAUAUCCACCGUGUUACCUACCGCUACCCUUAUCUGUAUUUCUAUGGAAUUUAGAUUUUCUGGAUUGGUUAGAGGCCUACCGCUAGCGUCGGUAUCGUCGAUCAUGUCCGUUGCAGAUGCCGCGAUACGAGGUGUUUGGAGCAGUGGCAUCGCGAAUGUCGCACCUUUAUGUGCACAUCCCGGGUACUUGAGAGAAGUAGGCGAGAAGGCAAGUUACAUUGGCCUGAUGGAUGAGGAAAUCGGGAAAAUCACUCGUAGGAUGGGGACCGGGAUGACAAGCUAUAGGAGUGAGCUAUGGAGGGUUUUAAUGAAAGGUUUGGGAGAGAAAAAGAGGGGGAGGCUGAAAAGUUUGAUCGGGGGUGAUGCCAACGAGGGGCUGGAAUUGAAUGAAACCUCCAUGCUCUUAGACAGGCCGGAAGCCGAGGCUGAGGAGGAUUUGUUUAUUUUUGAUGAGGAAGGAGACGACACUUAUUUCAUGGACCCGUUCGAGGGUGGCUCUGGGGGCUCCGGGCGCUCAUCUGAAAUCCUCGGAUUCAUGGGUGAUGAUGAUGAUGAUGAGCACGAAGAAAUGUUCCUUCGGGCCAAUUAUGACUCCGGCACCUGGAUUUAAAGUGUGGUCUCCGGCACCGGAGUUUUAAAUAAAUCCUCUGUUGUGUUAGAAAAAGAUAGUCGAUACACUAGAAUCCCAAAUGAUUGAACCGUGCUAUGUCGUUCUAGUUGCCUCCUCUGGUGAUCUAUUUUUCAUACUUCUUGCAUAUCUUUCAUAAGGUUAGGCAACUCUCCGGUUGAUAUAUAUAUGUUUCCCCCCCUUUUCGGGGAAGGAGAUUUUGGACUGCCCAGCAUACAGUUCAAUUUGGGAUUCUAUGAUACAGUACCGGUGUUCAUGCUUUGUAGGAUCUACGGGGUUUGUCAGUUUUGAAUGGGCGGGAACGCUAAACACG